CACACACACACACACACACACACACAUACACACAUACACACAUACACAUACACAUACACAUACACAUCCUCUCUUUCUACUUACGACAAGAGUGGUCGCGAUGAAGCUGCGGGCAAGUCACGCAAGCAGCAACCGCGAGGAGAGUGUGUCUGGUCAUGCUGGUGGUGGCGUCGCCCUUGCUGGUGUUCCUGGUGGUCAGGGUGGAGCUCUGGCUGCGCCUGCUGCACUCGCUCCUUCUCAUUAUGGUGGACUUCCUUCUUCGAGUAUCAUAAGCUCUAGUGCUGAACAUGCUGCUGCUGCUGGUGGUGCUGGGGGUGCUGCUGCUGCUACUCUUCCGUUUUCUGUGCCCUUUGAUGGCGGCGAGUCCGGCCUGCCUCGCUCGCCCUCGCUCUCGCAUGGAAGUGGCUCAAGCAUGGUCUUUGCUGCUGAUGGUCGUGCCGGCAUGGCUGGUGUCGGCAUGGGUGGUGGUGGUGGUGGUGGUGGUGGCGGUGGUGGUGGGAAUGGUCCGGUGGGUGGAUCUGGAUUUGCCAUGGGCAUGCUGAAGAAGAACCCGGGCCUAGCCAUGGCCCUUGCCGUUGCUGUCUUUCUCGCCGUCGGCUACUUUGUUGCAUCGUCGGACUACACCCAGCGUGGUGGCGCCUACGUUGCUGUCAACCAAGAGCUUACUACCUCGGGAUUGGGCUCGUCCGGCGAUAGCUCGUCGUCGGGCGAUAGCGACGACAACACCCCAGCAGCAACGCCAAAGUCACGCCGGCGUCGCCCGCCUCCUCCGAGUCCGAAACUAACCCUCGCUCCGACCCCGACCCCGACUCCGACUCCUACUCCGACUCCGGCCCCGACCCCGGCCCCGACCCCGGCCCCGACCCCGGCCCCGACCCCGACCACGGUGUCUCCCCCCUUCUCAUCCUCCGGCGACGGCAAGAUGUCGGCCUCGUCCGGCGACGGCAAGAUGUCGACCACAUCCGGCGACGGCAAGAUGCCGGCCUCGUCUGGCGACAGCAAGAUGUCGGCCUCGUCCGGCGACGGCAAGAUGUCGGCCUCGUCCGGCGACGGCAAGAUGUCGGCCUCGUCCGGCGACGGCAAGAUGUCGGCCUCGUCCGGCGACGGCAAGAUGUCGACCACAUCCGGCGACGGCAAGAUGUCGGCCUCGUCUGGCGACAGCAAGAUGUCGGCCUCCAAGAUGUCGGCCUCGUCCGGCGACGGCAAGAUGUCGACCACAACCGGCGACGGCAAGAUGUCGACCACAUCCGGCGACGGCAAGAUGUCGGCCUCGUCCGGCGACGGCAAGAUGUCGGCCUCGUCCGGCGACGGCAAGAUGCCGGCCUCGUCCGGCGACGGCAAGAUGCCGGCCUCGUCCGGCGACGGCAAGAUGCCGGCCUCGUCCGGCGACGGCAAGAUGUCGACUACAUCCGCCUCCUCAUCCGGCUCGGGAUCAUCCGGCUCCAAGACGCCUUCACCGACAAAGGCCCGGCUCCAGCUCAUUCCGGCCGACGAGGACGAGCGUGAGGCUAUCAAGGACGAGGCCUCGGCACUACCGUCGUACACUCUCACCGAGCGCCAGCUGUGUGACAUUGAGAUGCUGCUCUCGGGUGCGUUCUCGCCGCUCGACGGAUUCAUGGACCAGAAGACGUAUAAGAGUGUUAUCCGUAGCAUGCGUCUGCCGUCGGGCGAGCUCUGGCCGAUGCCGAUCACGCUCGACGUGACCGAUGCUGACCUGGAGUUUAUGACACCCGGUGCCUCUGUCGCGCUCCGUGACAAGUACUACAACCUCAUUGCCAUCCUUGACGUGCCCAAUGGCAAGAACGCGAUUUUCAAGCCGCAGCUCGCACUCGAGUCGGCCAAUGUCUUUGGCACCAGCGACAGCUCGCACCCGGCCGUGCAUUACCUUAUGAACGUGGCCGGCAACCACCUGGUGUCCGGCAAGCUCCGCGGGUACCAGCUCCCGCCACACUACGACUACCGCGAGCUCCGGCGGACGCCCGCCGAGACCCGCGCCUUGUUUGCGAGCCUCGGUCAGGCCGACGUUGUCGCGUUCCAGACCCGUAACCCGAUGCACCGGGCGCACAUCGAGCUGACGCUCCGGGCCUCGGCCGAUGUGGCUGGGCAUCUGCUCAUCCAGCCGGCAGUUGGGAUGACCAAGCCCGGAGACAUCCCGUACUCGACCCGCGUCAAGUGCUACAAGAUCAUUGUCGAUCCCGAGAAGGGCAUCUACGCUCCAGGCUCGGUCACUCUCUCGCUCAUGCCGCUCGCCAUGCGCAUGGCUGGCCCGCGCGAGGCGCUCUGGCACGCCAUCGUCCGCAAGAACUACGGCGCUUCACACUUUAUCGUCGGCCGCGACCACGCAGGGUGCAAAUCCGCUGACGGCAGCGACUUUUACGGCCCGUUUGCCGCCCAGGAGCUUGUCGAAAGCCACGCCGACGAGCUCGGUAUGACCUUCAAGACCUACCCCAAGAUGGUGUAUGAUACCUCGCGCGACGGCUACUUUCCGGUCGACGACGUGCCUGCCAAGAACGCGCUCUCCAUCUCGGGCACCAGAUUCCGGGCCAUGUUGGCGUCUGGCGAGCCCAUCGAGCCGUGGUUCUCGGACCCGGACGUCAUCGAAGUCCUGCGCCUCGAGUACCCGCCGAUGUCGCGCCGCGGCUUUGUUCUCUUCUUCACCGGCCUCUCCGGCUCGGGCAAGACCACCGUUGCCCACGCCCUUCUCCCCACGCUCGAGCAGUACCCCGGCCGCCACUACACCCUCCUCGACGGCGACGUCGUCCGCACUUACCUCUCGUCGGAGCUCUCGUUCUCGCGCCACGACCGCGACCUCAACAUUGCCCGCCUCGGCUUUGUUGCCUCGGAAAUCGCCAAGAACGGCGGCGCCGCCAUCAUCUCCGCCAUCGCGCCCUACGCCGAGGCCCGCGCCGAGGCUCGUGCCAUCGUCGAGGCCGCAGGCGGCGUCUUUGUCGAGAUUUGGCAGUCGACCUCGGUCGAGGUCUGUGCUGAGCGCGACGUUAAGGGCCUCUACAAAAAGGCCAAAGACGACCCCGACUUUGAGCUCACCGGCGUCCACCCGAACGCGCCGUACCACGAGCCGGAAACCCGGACAUCGUCAUUGACGAUCAUCGACUACCUCCUCGACUCUGGCUUGCUCCUUGCCACAGACGCCUCUGAUGACAAUGACCAGCAGGCUGAUCACGCUGCCAAUGACGAACACGACGCCUCCACCGGCAGUGAUGACCUUGACGAGGCAGACUCGGCCAACACUGCUAGGACGGCCAAGUCGACCAAGUCGACCAAGUCGACCAAGUCGACCAACACCAGUCCCAAGGCCAAGCGCAAGCCUGGCCAUUAA